UUAGAGUUUUUUCAACAAACGACUGACCGAAUGGAUGACUGAGAAUUCGUGGUUAACAAGAAAAUUUUGUGAUGAUCUUCUGUUAAAACUAAAAUCAAAACACCUAGAUCCAGUUAUUGAGCAACUUCAAGGGAGAGAAGAUUCGAAGUUAUCUUUUGAUGACAUCUUGAACGUUUACCGACGUAUCAAAGACGACUACGAGGCAAACGCAGUUGGUGCUGAAGGUGCCAUUGCUGUUGCGUUCUACGACUUUCAUCCCAUACUAGCUGCGGAUACUAAACACUACUUUGAUAAACUGAAACAACUGGAAGAUUUUGACGAAAGUACCGCGAGGGAAAUAGUAGCAGAAGCUUUCACAGAGCGAGAAAGGAGACGGCUUGAGGAUGAAAACAAUGAUUUACAGCAAGAAAACCAAACAAUGAAGAAAGAGAUGCUAAUGCUGAUUGCCAGAUCAGAAAGCGAGAGAGCUGCGCUGCGAGAGCAAAGGGAAGAAACAAUGAAAAAAGAGCGCGAACAAUUGCAGAAUAUGAAGCAGGCAGGCCUGAUAGAAGCCCAGCAGCAAAGGGAAAAGUUCAUCAAUGAAAACCAAGCCCUAGGCGAGAGACUACUGGGGGUGCGAAACGAAAACGAGGAACAAAUGAAAAUGAUAAAAAGCAUGUCAGAAAUGAUCGCUGAACACCAAAGGGAGAAAAUGCAGCUUCUUAAACAAAUGAAGACAUCUGCUUAUGAAGAGGUCAAGGAUUCGAACCNAGAUGACGAAUAUGUUGAAAAGGUGGAGGAUUUGCCAGACAUGAUGACUUCAAGGGCGCAAAUUGCUCGUGAUCUACACCAAAGGUUGGCAGAAAACGAAAGAGAUCAAAGGGAUCUCAGAGCGGGUGAAAUCCUGAAGAGAGUUCUCAAGUUUAUCGAAGAUAUUGCGCCACAGGUUGGCGCAGCAGCAGCUCUUUAUCCUACGUCUUCUAGUUAUGCUAUGCCAGUAGCCACAGCCGUGCAAACCAUCGCCCGAGGUUUGCAGUCUUUUGACUGCAGUAUUUUGUAA